GUAUGCCGUCUGUAUGCCUCAAUUGGUUCCGGGCAAGUGCAAAUGCGGUGCCGGCGAACUGCCAGUUCAGGCAUGACGCCCGUGUGGUUCAAAUUGUACCGGCCAAGCGCGGCUCCACCGAGGCUAAUGUCGCCGCCAAGCGUGGCAAGAUGAGCAAAGAGGUCGGUGCCCUCUUGUCGUCCAAGGCUUCGCUUGAGCAUCGACAGGAGGUGAAAGAAAUCAACGAGGUAAUCAAGAAGGACCCCAAGCAGGCCAAGGCCUUGCUCGAGGUCUCGAAGUGCGACGUGCGCGGCCCUUUGACCUCGGAGUUUUUCCCCUCGGACUUGGCUGGCAAGACGUUGAGGGCUGCGCCUCUGAAUUUCAUCGAGUACGAGUUCCUGCCAGCUGUCGGAUAUGACAAGAGCGCGGUGAUCAACAUGAGCAGGAAGGACUCGCAGGCCCCGAAGAACUUAUUCCAUCGUCUCACGCUCACGUUGCCUUCGGACGAGUUCGGGCCUUUGCAAAGGUCGGUGUGGUUGGCUACGUAUGUGGACCGUGCCAGAAAGAUCAACGCCUUCGGAGAUAUCGUCAUGGACGAUAACAACGUUAUCGACUUUCCUAAGUCUGGGCCCUUCUACCUGAUGCCACCGUGCCAGGGCGACGUCCCUCUCCAGGACCACGAGUGCACUCACGUGAAGGUCCCUGGCAAGACUGUGCCCAUUUCUGGGGACACGAGAGUCACAGCAAUCUACUCGAUUGAAUCGAAUUGGCUCUACAACGAACCCUUUGUGUUCGACCCGGAGAAGCCGUGGAACAAGAUCCCGAUCAAGUCCUUCUUCGAGGAGAAGAUGCCGUGUCGCAUGAUCCAGGAGACGUUCGGGCCCAUCGUCGUCCCGCAGUUGUUGGCGUUGCCACCGUGCCCGCAGGAGGUCUCGGAGAAGAAGGAGGAGGCCGACGCGACGAGCGAGGCGACGGCGGGCGCCUUGGCGGCCAUCAUGGCGGAGGGCAGCAUCGCGGCCGACGACAUCACUGAGGUUCCCGACGCCCCCGUCAAGGCCAGUGUUGCGUCGAGUGCGAUUUCGGAUGCAUCACCGACGGGCGGCGCAGCAAGCUCCAGCGGGUUGGCCCCCUCGCCACCUUCGUCGAAGUCCUUGGUGCCAUUGGUGGGCCUGCCUGGCGUGAAGCCGCCAUCGGAGCUCUCCGAGAAGAAGCGCAGGGCCAAGCUGGCGUUGGCGAACCAGCUGGACCAGACGGUCGGACCGCCGACGCGUAAGUGGGGGCUCCUCGCGUUCAGGCUGAAAAGGGAGCAGAAGAAGUCGGCGCAGCUCUUCAAGCGGCUCAAGCUUCUCAGGCAGAGGGUCAAGUUCGUCAUCUCGUAUCUGAACAUCGGCUACACCAACGACCAUGCGCUCGACACCUACAUGAACCAAGUCCCCUAUGCGGAGGCGCUGCUCGUCUCUCUCGGUAUUCCCGACAUCACCAAGGCCCCCACCGCUUUCUUCAUGAAGCAACUUGAGGGCUCGUCGAGAAGAGGCAUGUGGCUUUGGAAGCAGAUAUUAUUUUGGUUCGCAGCCAUUGUAGAUGGUACAGUUUUGGCCUACUCUGGCAGCGAUUCGGACAAGGAUUCUCUCACGUACUUCAUGGCCGCGAGGAUGAAGCUGCACAAGAGAAAUGUGAUCCACUAUGCCGUGGACCAGGCUGACUCGGGUUUGGUGCCGAGGAUGAUCGGGUUUCUUACCACUCCAGGUGGUCAUGGGGUGUGGGCGCCUCCAACGGAGAUCGCUGGCUUCAAGGAGCUGCAUGUUGCUUCCCUCCGCAGGUACCGCACUGGCAACUACGACCUGUACAACUUUGGCUUCUACGACAACUUCGCCUUCAACAAAGCGGCCGCGAUGGUGCUCGAGACGGACAGGGCCGACCAGCCAGAAUACAUGUUGGCGAUGCAGAACGACUGGGCGUCUGCGGCCGAGGCGUUCUGGAGCAGCGACGAGGCGCGCAGUUCCGCGGCGCAAGCGUGCCCUGCGUAUAACAGGCGGCCGCCUUUGGAGUGGCCGAGCAUUACGCUUUCGAUUGAUCAGGGCGGAGACGGCUGGUCUGCGAGCCAUUUCCUAAUGAGUUGGGGCGUGAAUUUGGUGCUUCUCUUUGAUCCAAACCACAGGGUGUGGAAUGACUGUGCGCUUGCACUCAGAGACGUUGGGUUAUAUUAUUGGGUUCUCAUCAUGAUCACGGUCCUGAACCUGGACCACGGCCCGUGGAGUUCGGCGAGAUGGUGGGGGGAGCUCAAGGAAGGGGUUUCCGAGUACACCACGGUCGCCACCGAGGCUUGCCCAAUAUUCGACGCGCUGUGGCCGAGCAUCAAGGAUGAGAUCAACGACCACUCGGAGCACCCCGACGACGUGCUGCUGAGCCAGAGUGACGCCUUCAAGGGUAUCGGCAAGUGCGUCGACCACAAACAAGAGAAGGUCGCUUCGUCCAGGUGGUUUGGGUAUUACUUCUCGGCCAACAGAUUUCUCAAGAUAUGGUCCCACAGACUCUGCGCGAUGAUGUGCAUGGUGGUUGCACUCGGAUGCACAAUGUCCGCCUUGAGGCAUAAGCUCGACGCCGUCCUAUUGCAGCCAAGAGAUGAAGGGGGCGACGUGGGGAAGACAACGACAGGAGCUGAUCGUGGGGAAGUUCGGAAGCUCAGAAUGAGCUGCCCGAACACCGUCAGUUUUGCGGCGCAGAUGUUGAGUAACAGGUGGCUCUACCACGCGAACGUCAUCAUCCUUGGCAUCUUGAAGCCCGUUGCGGAGAGGUGCAGCGAGCAGAACGUUGAGAACCGAUCUGCAGAGAUCGUCCGAGUGAUGAACUCGCGCGUGCUCUUCGAGAAGUGCCAGUGCCACUUCAACGGGUGCUCCAACGCGAUUGCACAAUUGCCUGAGGAUGAUCCUAGGGUGCUUGCUGAAGAUGGUUAUGCUCGCAUCAUCGGUGAUUUUGGAGUUUCCCUCAUUACUCGACGCUACCGUUCUCUGAUGCAGUUCAAGACGUAUCCGCUGAAAUUCCCACGCCUUCUGGACCCAGACCGAGGCGGCGACAUAUUGAACGAUAUUCGACAGGAGUACGCUGAUUUUCAAUUUGCGGAUGCGCAGGUCGGGACAUGGUGGCGGAAAGUAGCGGAGAGGCAUCCCUUCAAACGUCUCCACUCACAGCAGAUCAUCGGGGCGCUUGAGGCGUCUGGUUGGCGCGUCACAGACGAAAUCCAAGAUCUCCUGCGCAGACAGUGGGACGGAGUUACCCACGCCAAGAUCGUCGAGGAUGCUGCGAGGGAGCUCAGACAGGAGGAGACAAAUCAAAAUUUCAAGAAGGUAAUGUCUGGAGCGAGGGCUUGGGCGAAGCUCAUCAACGGCACGAUUGAGACGACGAAGUUUAAGUACAAGAGCUUGAAACAUAAAAACGUUGUCAUCAAAAGAGGCUUGGCAACGAAACGAUGCCCAGCAGUGUUCAAGGUUCGGCCGAGACUUUGCCCCAAGGCUUUCCACGACAUCGUCAGCGAGCGCAGGGCUGCACCGUAUUUUUCGACAUCACCCUUGAUGAUGUCAGCAACAGUGGAAGACAUGGCGCUGAUCCGCCACGUGCGCUCCAUCGACGACCUUGGCGCCACGAACACGGCAUGGCAUUCUCUACUUGCAGGGUGCAAGCAGAACCGGUUCCUGAUUAGGACGCCUACUUUUGCUGGUGGCAGGUGGUACUUACCACUGGGAUCCACAUCUGGCGCGUGUGUCCCAUCCCUGCCAAUCUUCGAGUGCUUGCACAUGGGCAAGACGUACUUCAAGCUCGACGCGAACAUGAACAACAUGGUGUUUUUUCCUGUUACCGAUUGGGACGCUGUGGAAGCGUGGUCGUGCAGAUGGCGGAGCCCAUUGGGCGUUCGGUGCUCGUCUGGCCGUUGGCUGGAAGGCUUCUCGAACCUCAUUUUGGAGCCAGCGUCGGCGGCGCCGUCCAAGCUGGUCGUUGCGGGGGCGCUCGCAGCCUUUUGGGGCAUGCCCAAGGUGAUGCUGACGAGGAUUGCGAGGGCGAUUGGGCUUGUCGUGCCAGCGACCAUGAGUGUCGUUGAUUUGCUGAUGGCCAUCGCUGCGAAAGUCACCCCCGACAUCACUGACGAGAUCAAGCUCGCCAUCUUGAGGUGCAGGAUCGACCUGGGCGACGAGGCGCUGCAGCUUCUCCUGCAGGAGGGCGUCAAGGAAGAGCUGCCCGAGAAAGACUUGGCGGACUGCAACAAGGAGCUGAACGACCGCUCGGAACUCAAGGGCGCCAUUCAGAAGGAGAUGAAGAAGUUGAAACAACAAAUUGCUGAUGAGAAAGCUGCGGAGGAACUCGCCGCAGGAGGGAUAGGUAAGGCCAAGGGGAAAGGCAAGCCACCUCCUGCGCCGCCAGCGAAGAAGUACCCGCCGAAGGUAGCGCUCCCCGAUGACCUUAGCAAGGAGGUGAUCGCCGAGUACCUGCCCCUAGGCAACAAGACCGGCCUGGACGAGUUGGACCAGUGCUGGCGGCUGACAAGCUACGGCAAGCAGUUCACGAGGUCUUUCAACCUUUAUACGCCGCAAGGUGCAGCAGAGAUCUUGAUCAAGCUUGCUUGGAAAAGGGCAAUUGAUUUGCACUACGAGGAUGCUUGCCCGUUCGAG